AUGCUUCUCAAGGUCGCGGUGGGAUCAUGUGUGUUUUGUGCUCUUCAGGGUUGGAGAAAAGCUGGGAUGGCCUCUAAACUGUUCGACAGACUCCGCCGGACGCUCUUCAAAGAGGGGGAGCUUCCCUCCGCGGCGGACGGUGGAGGUGAAGAUGACUUCCCGGAGAGCUCCGAGCUGGAGGACGACACCGACUGCGUGUCUGCCAGACUCGGGGGGACCCUGUGCUUCGAGGGAGAUGGGGCCCCGGACUCCGAGGACGCGGGAGACGCGUCGGGGCCGGACAGCGACUCCGACUUUUUCGGGGAGUCCAUAGAUAACGCGUGCAGCAGCACAGAUACCAGCCCAAUAGGUCCUUCCCCAAAAACCUCGAACAUGAUCACCAGACAGCUACAAGAAAACUGGCGCAGCUCAAAAACCCGUUGCAUUCCUGAAAAGCCCAUUUUUGAGGUGACCGACGCCUGUGUUGUGCACGAAACCAAUUCCAAGUAUGUGCUCUACACGAUUCACGUAAUCUAUUCUGGGACGUUUGACAAAACCCCUGCGGUCAUCACGCGGCGCUACACCGACUUCGAGCGUCUUCACAGCCGCUUGCGCCGGCGUCACGGAGACGAGAUGGUCGGCGUCUUCUUCCCUCGCAAGAAGCUGCGCAAGAACUUCGCCGCCGAGACCAUCGCCAAGCGCAGCCGGGCAUUCGAGCAGUACCUGAGCCACCUCCACUCCCUUCCUGAACUACGGAGCACACCUACGUUUCUUGAGUUCUUCUACCUGGGGGAUCUGCGAGCGGGACAGAUGUUGAUGCGCGUGGGCCGCUACCAGGAUGCCCUGAGCUCUCUUCUCAACGCCCUGCGGCUCCAGGAGAAGUUAGGAUGCCAGCAGCUGCUGCAGCUCAACCAGCUCCAGAGGGUUCACUGGUUCUUCACGCUGUCUGCUCUGGUCACCUGCUUUCAAGAACUGGAACAGCUCAGCGAGGCUCAGGAACACUGCGACCGAGCCCUGCAGGACCUAGCGCCUUCCCAGGAGGCUUUGCGGCAGCACCAGCUGCACCCUCUGCUCAUCCCGCUCCUCCAGUCCAACGUCAGGCUGUCCUGGAAGAUCUCGAAGGACAAGAGGCGCUGGGAGGCUCUUCUGCAGGAGAUCCAGGAGCAGGGGAUCGAUGUCGGGAGUCAGCCCAACCUAAAGGAGUGUCUCAUUAAAGAGAGCAUCGAGGACAGCGAGGGGCCGGUCAGGGCUAAGAGCAAAACUGAAGAUGUCCCAUAAGCAUUCAGGAUUUUUUUUUUUUUUUUAUUAAUGAGUGUUAGAAGUUAUGAGGGAUUAUUCUGAUAGCAGUAUGUAUGAUAGUUUACUAAGGAAACCUGUGGAAUUAAUGCUAACUUGUAUAAUGCACAACAUGCAAAGUACACAUGGGCACAUUUCAAUAGCAUUUAUUAUAGACUUAUUCUUUAUUUGGUAACUCUUUAAUAUAUGAUUCAAUUUGUUAACUUUGCUGAAAGGAGUGUUUGACCAUACAAUGAAAAUGUGCUUAAAAUGUACUCACCCUCAGGCUUAUCCAAAAUGUAGAUGAAUUUUUUUUUUUUUCGUCAGAACAGAUUUGGAGAAAUGUAGCAUUACAUCAUGUGGAGCGAAUGGGUGCCGUCAGAUUGAAAAUCCAUCACAGCUGGUUACAAUACAUUAUGAUAAUUCAUAAGAAAUCCACAGAAGUCCAUCCCUUGUAGACCUCUCACAUAUAUCCACCAACAUAUUACAGUAUUUUGGACUCCUUUCAUUUGUAACGGGUGCUUGAUCUCUGCCUUUUUCUUUCCUGAUUCGGAUGAAACGAGAC